AGCUGUUCAAUGGGACGUCCUGCACUGCGAGCUACUCUCACCAGAGGAUCAGAGCACAACCUUCUGCCCGCCUCAGUAUUUUGGUCUCAGUUACUACUUUCAUUUACAACAAGGUUACAGAGGAUACUGCAUGUAUUUAGAGUUUACCUGGCAAGAUGAGACUGACUUUUGGGAUUUUGCCCAUCAAGGAGAACACGUGUGCUUCUCUGUCUAGUGUCACAGUUGUACUGUGUCUUAUCAACCUCCUCCUAAUGGCCCUCAUAUGCCGUAAGAACCACCACCACAAUUCCCGAUUGGACCACACAAAAUACCCCACUCCCCCCGGCCCCACGCCGUGGCCCCUUGUCGGCAAUCUGCUCCAGAUGGGCGACCAGAUUCACCUUUCUCUAACCCGCUUGAGGCUCCAGUACGGCGAUGUUUUCAAGAUGCGUCUGGGCUCUUUAACCGUCGUCGUCCUGAGCGGACACAACACCAUCAGACAGGCGUUGGUUCGGCAGGGAGAAGCUUUCGCCGGGCGACCCGAUCUCUUCACUUUUUCUGCCGUCGCCAACGGGACAAGCAUGACAUUCAGUGAGAAGUAUGGACCGGCCUGGAUGCUCCACAAGAAGCUCUGCAAGAAUGCCCUCAGGUCCUUCUCCCAGGCGGAGCCCAGAGAGUCUGGUGCCACCUGCCUGCUGGAGGAGCAUGUCUGUGCUGAGGCCGCUGAGAUGGUGGAGGUGAUGUUGGAACAAGCUGCUGCUGAGAGGCAAACGGGCCACAAAGUGAUGGGCAUAGAUCCGGUGAUGCCCCUGGUAACCUCGGUGGCAAAUGUCGUCUGUGCCCUCUGUUUUGGCAAAAGGUACGACUACAACGAUAAGGAGUUCCUCACUAUAGUACACAUCAACAACGAGGUCCUGAGGAUCUUCGCGGCGGGAAACAUGGCUGAUUUUUUUCCUGUGUUUCGUUACUUUCUGAGUCCAUCUCUGAGGAAGAUGGUCCAGCACAUCCAGAGGAUGAACGGAUUCAUGGAGCGCAGCAUCGAGGAACACUUAAACACCUUUGAUAAGAACUGUAUUCGGGACAUUACGGAUGCUCUGAUUGCACUCUGUGAGGAAAGAGAAGAAAACAAGGAUACAUCUCUGCUCUCCAAGUCACAGAUAAUUCACACUGUCAUAGACAUCUUUGGAGCAGGAUUUGACACCAUCAUUGCUGGUUUACAGUGGAGCCUGUUGUACCUGAUCAAGUAUCUUGAUAUCCAGGACAAAAUACACCAAGAGAUAGACGAUCACAUCGGCUCAGCCAGACUGCCCAUGUUUUCGGAUAAGCCCAAGAUGCCUUUCACGGAGGCGUUCAUAUAUGAAGUGUUUCGCCAUGCUUCAUACGUCCCGUUCACCAUUCCUCACUGCACCACGAGAAACAUCACCCUGAACGGAUACUUCAUUCCCAAAGACACAUGUGUCUUCAUUAACCAGUAUCAAGUCAACCAUGAUGUCGACCUUUGGGGCGACCCGGACAGAUUCCGUCCUGCACGCUUCCUGGGAUCCUUGGGACUCCUCAACAAGGAUCUGACGGAGAAGGUGCUCAUCUUCGGCAUGGGGAAGAGACGCUGUCUCGGUGAUGGAUUAGCACGCUUGGAGAUGUUUGUGUUUCUCACUACGCUGCUGCACGGGGUGCGGAUUGAAAAUGUCCCCGGUCAGCAGCUGGAUCUCAGCACCGAUUUUGGUCUGACUAUGAAACCACGUCCCUACAGGAUCACCAUCUCCUCAAGGUUUUAGACCAAGUGAUUUUUAGUAGCCACCAUAUUGGGAUAACCUAGUAAUGCCGCAGAGAUACAGUUCUUCGCUUUGGGCCACAAACUAUACUCAGGCAGGUUUCAUCCACAUUCCCAUGAGCCCUCUCCCUCCUCUCCAACUCUUAUAACCUCCUCAACCCUCAUCCCCGCGAUGUCCUCUUCUUCUUCUUGUCCUUAUCCUUAUUCCUACGCUUCCUCUUUUAUCAUAUCAUCAAAGCAAACACUGUUGAGCAAGGCGUUUACAUCUCCAAAGUGACGCACACUCACACACAACCUGAUUAGAUGCAUUUCUGGACAUUUUUGUGGGGUGGUAAUGAGGACAGCUGAGCUAAACGCCAAGAAACAUGGCCGACUUGACGAAAAAGGAGUCAGGCAGAAUGAGUCUUCCUUUAUGGAAAGUUUGAAAGUUGUUUUCAUUAACUUUCAAACUUGUAUCAAUGCAAAAGUCUACUGAGGCCUAGUCUUUUUCUUGAUUUUACUGACACGUCAAUUAAAUUUAAAAUCUAACUUUAACUUAUUUUAUAGACCAUCAUGUUCAACUUUUGUGUCCAGCAGAUCAACUUGCGUUCCAAAAAAGUUCAAAUUUGUCAAAUCAAGUGACAAAUAGUGGUUAUUAGCCUUUAUAUCCAGUUAUUCAACUUUAAACAAUAGUGUUUCAAUAGUUCUUUCACAAUAUUAGAGUGAAUAAAUGUUUACUUUAGUACACACGUUUCUUUGGUCCAGACUGUUUUGCCAAAACUGACAACUUUCUCUAACUCUAAACAUGAUUAAAUAACCUCUUGAAAUAUUUGAUCUUAUCACCAUAUUAUCUUAGGAAAAUAAUAUAAUCUUUGUCUCUUGUGAGAACCGAAGUACUACAACACAUCAAUAUUGUGAAGUAAAACUUUAACUUCUUGUUGAAUA